AUGCACAACAAAAUGUCUGCCAAUGUAUCUUCAGACACAGAAAGACAGUCCAGCCAUGAGCUCUACAUGUUCAAUGACCUCGUUCACUCUCUGUCAUGGUCGAACAUUACAUUGACCGUCGAGGAUCGCACAACCAAGCAGCCCAAAGAUCUGGUCAGCAAUGUUGGUGGUCAAGUCAAAGCUGGAGAGGUUUUGGCUCUCAUGGGCCCUUCUGGCAGUGGAAAGACGACUCUUCUCAACAUACUUGCAGGCCGUUCCUCCGGCACCAGUGGCACUGUGGCUGUCAACAACGCUCAGGUAUCCGCUCCAAUUUACAAGAAGCUCACGUCUUUUGUCGAGCAGGAGGAUGCCCUCGUGGGAUCCUUAACUGUCCGAGAAACUCUUGACUUUGCAGCUCGUCUUGCUCUUCCCAGAUCUGUCUUGAAAAAUGAAAAGGGCAGUAGAGUCCAGAGUCUGAUCGACAGCUUCGGUCUCAAGAGACAAGCCGACACUCUUAUCGGCACACCUAUCCGCAAAGGAAUAUCAGGAGGGCAGAAGAGACGUGUCAGUGUCGCGAGCCAGCUGAUCACCGCACCCAAAAUCCUCUUCCUCGACGAACCUACCAGCGGAUUAGACUCUGUGGCCAGUUUCGAGGUCAUCCACCUGCUGAAGAAGUAUGCUCAACAACACCAGCUUAUCGUGGUAGCCAGCAUUCACCAACCAUCAACCGCCACAUUCCAGCUCUUUGACAAGCUACUACUUCUAUCUCAGGGUCAGACUUGUUACUUCGGGCCUGUAUCAAACGUUGCACCCUACUUUGCUAGUCUCGAAAUGCCAGUUCCAGACUUGAUGAAUCCCUCAGAGCACAUUCUCGACCUGACAAACACCGACUUCGAAUCGGAAGAAGGGGAAGGAACUAUGAUCGCUCAACGUCUGCUCAUGAUCCAAACUGCAUGGCAGACGCGCAGCAACGGCAACCAAGGAGUGUCAUCAGAGCUUGAGAAGAGCGAGACCUUUGCCGGCUCUCGGGGACCUGGUCUGGCCCAUGAUCUCGGCAUACCUGUCACCCUUUUGCACCGCCUCUUUCUCAAGUCCUACCGCGACAUUGUUGCUUACUGGAUUCGUGUCGCCAUGUACAUGGGCCUUGCCAUUAUGAUGGGCACUGUCUGGCUCCGUCUGAGUACCAUCCAAAAAGACAUUCAGUCUUUUGUCAAUGCACUCUUCUUCGGUAGUGCCUUCCUGAGCUUCAUGGCUGUCGCUUACGUGCCUGCCUUCCUCGAGGACAGAGCCAUCUUCGUCAAGGAGCGUGCCAAUGGCCUUUACGGACCUCUGUCAUUCGUCGUGUCCAACUUCUUCAUCGGCCUGCCCUUCCUCUUCCUCAUCUCCAUCCUCUUCGCUAGCGUCACAUACUGGCUCAUCAACUUCCGUCCCGACGCUGACGCCUUCUUUAUCCACGUCAUGUGGCUCUUCUUGGACCUGGUCGCAGCAGAGAGUCUGGUCGUUCUCGUCUCAUCUCUCUUCCCCAACUUCAUCAUCGCCCUCGCCCUCGUGGCGUUCGCCAAUGGCCUCUGGAUGUCGGUGGGUGGUUUCCUCGUGCCCACAGGAAGUCUCAAUGUCUUUUGGCGUUACGUCUUCCACUACAUCGACUACCAAGCCUACGUCUUUCGCGGCAUGAUGGUCAAUGAGUUUGACGGCCGCACCUAUAGUUGUGCUGGCAACGUCAUGACUGGAUGUUCAUGUGCCUAUGAGAGCGAAUUUUCGGGUCAGUGCAAGAUUGAUGGCAAGGCUGUUUUACACUACUACGACUACCCCACUGGGCAGUUGGGCAAGACCGUCGGUAUCAUGAUUGGCAUCAUUGCCGUUUAUCGUGUGCUGGGCUACCUGGCACUGCGCUUCAGAAAGUAG